CCCGAUGGAAGCCAAGAACAUUGUGCAAUACUCCCUUGUCUGUGAAGAUGGGGGAUACCGGGGUGAAGGAGGAGAUGAUUGUGCUUCCCGGGGAUUUGAAAGUGAGCCGUAUGGGCGUUGGAGCAUGGGCGUGGGGUGACAGAGUAUUCUGGGGAUAUGACGACUCACAAGAGCAGGAAGCUCAGAAAGGCUUCGACAAAGCUGUGGCUUGCGGAGUGAACCUCUUCGAUACGGCGGAAGUCUAUGGGAUCGGAACUGGUUGGGGACACAGCGAGACGCUCUGCGGGAAAUUUGCGCGGGAGUGUGCGGACAAGACUGAUAUGGAGCUCAUUGUGGCGACCAAGUUUGCUCCUCUGCCCAACAGAUUCUUGGAUGGCAGGAAGGCAGUGGCCAGGGCUCUCCGUGCUUCCUUGGAGCGUCUAGGAACCGACCGAUGUGACCUGUACCAGCUGCACUGGCCUGGUUUCUUCUCGGACCGUCAGUUCUGGGACGGUUUGGCGGACGCCUACGAUGCUGGACUGGUGAGGAGUGUCGGAGUGAGUAACUACUCCGCCAAGCGCCUGCGAGCUGUUCACAAGCUCCUGAAGGAGCGAGACAUACCACUCGCAACCAACCAGAUCCAGUACAGCCUGCUGCAUCGCACGCCAGAGAUGAAUGGAGUCAAGGAAGCAUGCGAUGAGCUCGGGGUGAAGAUCCUAGCCUACUCGCCGCUGGCUCAGGGAUGCCUGACAGGGCGAUACUCGAGCACGAAUUUACCCAGCGGACCUCGAGGGAGAAUCUUCGAGCAGAGAAUGGACAAAGUUGAUCCGCUCCUUUCAGCCUUGAAGAGAAUCGGAGAGAAGGAGGGGAAGACGUGCAGCCAAGUAGCGCUCAACUGGUUGAUCUGCAAAGACGUGAUCCCAAUCCCUGGCGCGAGGAACGAGAGGCAGGCAGAGGAAAAUUGUGGAGCUCUCGGAUGGCGGCUGAGCGUUGAGGAUAUGGAAGAGCUCGACCAAGUUUCAAAGAGUUUCGUCGACUCCUCUGUUGAGUUCCCUGGCAUGCCUCUUGCGCAGAUGUAAUGCAGUCACAGAGUUUGACUUUACCUCAGAAGAAACACAAAGAAGGAAGAAAGAAAUUGGUCCUCGUUACUCCAUGUGCAUGUUCGAAUCCUCCGCUCCCGCUUCCAGAUGUCUCUUCUUCGCCUCCCAUCCUAUUCGCUCCGGCGCCGCUUGCCUGUUUUGAUAAAUGGUUUCGAACUCUC